GAUUAAAUCGAUCGCUAAUAUUAUGAAGAAAAGAAAAGAAAGAGAACAACCCAUUAAACAAGCAAUCCAUGGAGGAUGGAGCCAUUGUACAUUUUAAUUAAGAAGACUCAACGACUUCUCCUCUCCACUCAGAAAAGAAAGCGGAACUCCACUCUUAUCUCAAUCAUUUUUUUCCCUAUCAAACACUUCCUCCCCUCACUCAAAAAGAAAAUGGCCGAAGCUUUUGCAGCCGAUAUUGCAAAAUCCCUUCUAGGGAAGUUAGGCUCUUUCGCUGUUCAAGAAUUUCGUUUGGCAUGGGGACUUGAAGAUGACCUUGCACGUCUUGAAGAGAUAUUGAAAGCCAUCAACGCGGUGCUGUCCGAUGCUGAGCAGAAACAAUCAAAGAAUAACGGGAUUCGGCUCUGGCUCCAUAUGCUCAGAGAAGUCUUGUAUGAUGCAGAGGACGUGCUGGACGAAAUCGAGUGCGAAACUUUGCAAAGGAAGGUGGUGAAAACUAAAGGGAGCACCAGCAGAAAGGUACUCCACUUCUUUACAAGAUCUCCAUUCCGUUUAAUAAUAGGUCAUAAGAUAAAGAAGAUCAUAGAAAGACUAGGUGAGAUUUCAGCUCUUAAGUCUGACUUCAACCUCAGCGAGCAGGCUAUUGAUUGUAGUCAUGUCUUGCAUGAGGAAACAGAGAUGAACCGAUCCUUUGAGAGCUUUUCCGGUCUUAUUGGAAGAGAUAAAGACAAAGAACGCAUCAUCAACCUUUUAGCAGCACCUUCUAAGGUUGGUGAUGCACAUCCCGUUGUCCUUCCGAUAGUAGGAAUGGGAGGCUUGGGGAAGACAUCUCUUGCCAAAUCGGUGUGUGAUGCUGAAAAUGUAAAAAGUCAUUUUGAACUGAAGAUGGAGGUCUGUGUUUCAGAUGAUUUUUCCUUGAAACAAGUGAUACAAAAGAUUAUUAAAUCUGCAACUGGGGAAAGAUGUGCGGAUUUGGAUGAGGGUGAACUUAAUAAAAAACUUGAAGAAAUUGUGAAUGGUAGGAAAUACUUGCUUCUUUUGGAUGAUGUUUGGAAUGAAGAUGCUCAAAAAUGGUUGUUGUUGAAGCCUUUGUUAUCAAAAGGUGCUGAUGGAAGUAAGAUUAUAGUAACUACCCGUAGUCAACGUGUUGCUGAGAUUAUGGGUACUGUUCCUGCGGACAACCUAAGUCUUCUUGGUCAAGAGGACUGUCUGUCGUUGUUUUACAAGUGUGCAUUCAAGGAAGGGCAAAAGGAGUUGUAUCCAAAUUUGGUUGGAAUUGGGAAAGAAAUAGUGGAAAAAUGCAAGCAAGUUCCUCUGGCAGUGAUUAACUUGGGGACUCAACUGUAUGGUAAGACUGAUGAAAAAGAGUGGCAAUCGGUGAGAGACAGUGAGAAGUGGGAAGAAGAGGGAGAUGGCAUUUUACCUGCCUUGAAAAUAAGCUAUCAAAGACUGCCGACUCACUUGAAAAGAUGCUUUCUUUAUUGUUCGGUUUUUCCAAAAGAUUACCAAUUCGUAGAUCUCGAAUUGGUGCAAUUUUGGAUGGCACAUGGGCUCAUUCAUCAAUCAUCAAAUCCAAACGAGAACUUGGAAGAUGUUGGCUUGCGUUAUGUGCGCGAGUUGAUCUCAAGAUGUUUCUUCCAAGAUUAUGAGAAUAAGAUUAUUAUAGCUUCCUUUAAGAUGCAUGAUUUAAUGCAUGAUCUUGCAUCAUCAUUGGCUCAAAAUGAGUUUUCAAUCAUAAGCUCUCAAAACCACCAAAUUUCCAAAACAACCCGUCAUUUGUCAGUUCUGGACUCUGAUUCAUUUUUUCAUAGAACUCUCCCCAAGUUCCCAAACAACUUCCAUCAAGUGCGGUCAAUAGGCUUUGCAGAUAGUAUAGUGGGGCCCACAUGCAAAACAGACUUUGAGAAAUGUUUGUUAGAAUUUAAGCAUUUGCGGUCUUUGGAAUUAAUGGAUGAUUCUGAAUUUGAGACUUUUCCGGAGAGUAUUGGGGCCUUGAAACAUUUGAGAUAUCUCUAUUUUGGGAGCAACACAAAAAUAAAAAGACUCCCAAAAUCUAUUUUCAAAUUGCAAAACUUGCAAGCUCUGGCAGUUACAGGUGAAGAGGGAUUAGAAGAGCUGCCCAAAGAUGUGAGGUACAUGAUCAGCCUUAGAUUUUUAUUUCUAUUUACUAAGCAAAAGCGGUUGCCAGAAGGUGGGAUUGGUUGUUUGGAGUGUCUUCAAACUUUAUUCAUUGCUCAGUGUGAAAAUCUAGAAAAUUUGUGCGAAGAUAUGCAAGGUCUCAAAAGUCUUCGAAAAUUGGUUAUUUUUGAAUGUGAUAGCUUGAUUUCUCUGCCACGAAGCAUAAAAUGCUUAACUACUCUGGAAGAAUUAUUUAUUAGUAAUUGUCAAAAGCUUGAUUUGAUGAAAAUAAAAGAAGUGAAAGAAAAAAAAAUUCAACCUCUUUCCCUUUCUCUUCGUAUUGUACUAUUUGUGGCGGUACCAGCAACUAUUGCUUUACCAGAACAGCUUCUUGAAGGAUCUACAGAAUCUUUACAAACAUUUAUCAUCAGAGACUGUCCAAACAUUGAAGAAAUGCCGGAGUGCAUCAGCAAUUUAAAAAAACUUCAAAAUCUUCAGAUUAUUAAUUGUCCAAGGUUGAGCGAAAGGUGCAUAAGGGGAACAGGAGAAGAUUGGCCCAAGAUCAAGCAUAUCCCUAAAAUCAAGGUUGAUGAUGAUGACAGUGGUGAAGAAACAUUUAAUUAGGUUCAAGUGGAACUCCAUCAGAUUUAACCAGACCAAAAGAACAAGACAAGGCAUGUCAUGAUAAAAUGCAAAGUUUACUACUGUGAGGGUCCUGUCGGCUGAGAUCUUCUACAACAGUUUGUCACUUACGAAGAUCACCUUAAGGCUCGGAGUGUCUGCUUUGUGUAAUUUCCUUGGCUAGCUGUGUGUGAUGACUUGUCAUGAAUAAAUUGAUAAACAUUUGGUUGUUCUGAAUUAUUGGUUUGCCUUUGUAUCUUAUUUAAAAUAUUGUGUGUGAUCAUUUAAAUAA